GAAAGAUCUUAAUCCAUUAAAUUAUGAAUAAUUAAUUAUACGAUACACUUGAAUUAGGUAACAAGAGGAAUUAAACAAGGUUGCUUGAAUAGAUUCAUGAGUUAUCAAUUCAAUAGAAAAAGCUACUCUUAAUAAAUAUUCUAAAAUGUCCUAUUUAGGAGAGAAAAUAGGAAAUUUUAUAGAUGAUGAGGAUUCUAAUGUAGAAUAUUGAUUUAUUCUAAUAAUUUCAAAAAGACUAAAAUGAAUUAGAAGCAUAUGAUUAUUGUUUACUUCAUUUGCAAUAUGACACAUUUGAAAAAGUAAUAUGAAAGUUUUAAGUUAUUUAAAGAAUACUGUGAUAUAUGAAAUCGGUGAUUAAGCUAAUAGUGUUUACAUGGUCAUAUAAGGCUAAGUCUCUUUGUAUUUAUAAGAAGAUAUAUCAAACAUGAUGAAAUCAAGACAGUAAUCUUUAAGUUUAGAUAAUCAGAAAAAGAGUUAGCAAAUAACUAAAUUGAAAUAUUCAGAUCAUACUAUAAAAAGGUAUGUUUAGAUAUAAACUAUUAUUAGUUUGAUACAUUUUAAUGAAAUAAAGGAAUGGAAAAUCUUUGGAGAAUAACUUGAAAAAAAAAGAAUGAAUACAGCUAUUUGUGAUAUGGAUUGUUCUUUAGGAAUUCUCACUAAAGAAUAGUAUUAAAAAGCAAUAUAAAUUAUGGACAAAAAAAAUGAAUAAAAAAGAAUGAAGACUUUUACUCUGAGUCCUAGUUUUUAAGGAUUAAAUAAAAGAUUGCUAAAAUUAAUGUUAUCAACUUUCUCUACUUAAGAUUAUAAAUUUAGAGAUAUCAUUUAUAAAAAAGGCUAAUUGGAUUCAGAUAUUAUUUACAUCAUAAAAUAAGGAGAAUUUGUAGCAUACCUAUAAAACUAAAAUGUGAGAAAAUAAUUAACAAUUAUGACUUAAGGUGAAUUUUUUGGAGAUUUUGAAGCUUUUGAAAAAGUUCCACGAUAAUUCUAUGUUUCUUGUAAUUCUCAUCUAGGUAGCUUAAUUAUCAUACCUAUCUAAAUAUUAUAUUAAAAAUUGUCAUAAUACAAUGAAUAACAUUAUUUAAAACAACUCAAAAAUUUGUGUAUUAAAAAAAAUAAAUGGUACAAACAACUUUAACUGGACAUUGAAAAAACUCAAGGAAUUUAUUAGAAAUAUUUAACUGUAUAAGACUUAAAAAAUGGAAUUGAAAACGAUUCAUCUUAAAAAAUACAAUAAGUCUCUGAUGCAUAAUCAUAAUUAAGUCCCAUAAGAUUAUUAAAAAAUACAUUGAAUUAUUUAACAUCAAUUGAAGAUUGUUAAAUAGAUAAUAAUAAUAAUAAUAAUAAUAAUAAUACUAAUAAUAAAUAACUAACUUAAAAUGAAAAUUAAAAAAAAAAUAAAUCAAAAAACAAAAAUUAUAUUUAUAUUGCAUCCCCUGAUAAAUUGUAACCAUUACCAAAAAUAUAAUUGGUUUCAAGUAAACAACAAGAUAGAAAUUAAUUAUCAACACCAGAUCGAUUCAAUUAAGCUAUACAAAGCAAAUUGAAUGUCCUAAAAAGAAUGAAUAAUCUUUCUCCUACAGAUACUAUUAAUUUAAAUACUCUUCAUUAAAAAACUUAUUAUGUUUAAUUACCAAAGUAAAUAAAGCUAGAGUAACAUACAGAUAAAGAAUGGCCAAUCAAAGCUACACUAUAUUUAAAUGAUUUAGAUGACAAAGUUCGUUAUUAAUCAUAGAACCAUCAUCAUAGUAAUAGUAAUAGUAAUCGUAAUACUAAACUCAAAUUACCAGAGUAAUUAAGUUUAAGAUGUGAUUAAAGUGAAUUAACUUCGUAAAGAAAUUCAAAGAUUGAAAUUUUAAAUAAUAUUUUAUAGUAUAAAGUUCCAAAUUUAUCAAAAGUUUAAAAAAGGAGAGCAUUGUCAUUUAAAUAUAGGGAAUAUAUAGAACAAUAAAAAACUGAACGCUCUUUAUUAUUUUUUUGA